CACGUGGUUCGUAAAGCACACUGCAGCUUCUUUUGUUCAAAUCAAUCAAACCGGAGACGGACAGAGCACCGAGUCAGGAAAUCCCCGAUCACAGCUGGAUUCAAGAUGCCGCGUAAGAAGGUGACCGACGUCUCGGGGAACGGCGGGGUGAAGAAGAAGAGGACCAGCGGCAAGCGGAAAGAGCGGGACUUCAGCAGCGACGACGAGUUCGACUUCGAGCAGGAGAACAACAAGAAGCCGGGGAAACCGGCGGCCAAGUCGGGCCUGCAGCCGGUCACGGUGGCCGACGACGUCAAGGAGAAGAUCAAACUGGAGUGCCCAAAGGUGAAAGGUCAACUGCUGGUGUUCGGAGCGACAAACUGGGAUUUGAUUGGAAGGAAGGAGGUGCCUAAACAGCAGGCUGCCUUCCGUAACCUGGGCCAGAACCUGUGGGGCCCCCACCGCUACGGGGGCCUGGGCGAGGUGCAGGUCAGCUGUGUGGUGUCGGGGCCCUGCGCCGCUCACAGCCUGCUGAUGACGGCUGAGGGCCGGCUGUGGAGCUGGGGUCGCAACGAGAAGGGCCAGCUGGGUCACGGGGACACCAGGCGCCUGGAGGCUCCCAAGCUGAUCGAGGCUCUGGCCGAACACGUGAUCGUCGCCGCCGCCUGCGGACGGAAUCACACCCUGGCGCUGACAGAGGACGGCACCGCCUACUCAUUUGGUGAAAACAAACUGGGCCAGCUGGGCCAGGGGACCCAGACCGACGCCGUCCUCAGUCCAGCACUGAUCUCCUACAACGGCCAGCCGCUGGUGAAGGUGGCCUGCGGCGCCGAGUUCAGCAUGGCGGUGGACUGCAAAGGGAACCUGUACUCGUUCGGCUGCCCGGAGUACGGCCAGCUGGGACACAACAGCGACGGGAAGUUCAUCGCCCGGGCGCAGCGCAUCGAGUUCGACUGCGAGCUGCUGCCCCGCCGCGUCGCCAUCUUCAUCGAGAAGUCCAAGGACGGCCAGGUCAUGCCCGUGCCCAACGUGGUGGUCCGAGACGUGGCCUGCGGGGCCAACCACACGCUGGUGCUGGACUCCCAGAAGCGUGUGUUCAGCUGGGGCUUCGGGGGCUACGGCCGCCUGGGCCACACGGAGCAGAAGGACGAGAUGGUUCCCCGGCUGGUCAAGCUGUUCGACUUCCCCGGACGCGGCGCCGCGCAGAUCUACACGGGAUACCAGUGCUCCUUCGCCGUCAGCGAGAUGGGGGGGCUGUUCUUCUGGGGGGUGACCAACACGUCCAGGGAGUCCACCAUGUACCCCAAAGCCGUGCAGGACCUGUGUGGCUGGAAGAUCCGGAGCCUGGCCUGCGGGAAGAGCAGCAUCAUCAUCGCUGCAGAUGAGAGUACGAUCAGCUGGGGCCCGUCGCCCACGUUUGGCGAGCUGGGAUACGGAGACAACAAGCCCAAGUCCUCCACCACGGCCCAGGAGGUCAAGACCCUGGACGGCGUCUACGUUGAGCAGGUGGUGAUGGGAUACUCUCACUCUCUGGUCAUUGCCAGACAGGACACUCAGCAGGAACAGGAGAGACUGAAAAAGCUGCCGGAGUACAAUCCCCGGACAAUCUGACGGGCUCCGCCCACGGCGACGCCUCCACCCGGAGCCCCGCCGCGCCCAGCGAGGCGCGGCGCCGGAGGGACGGCGGCGUUCAGGAGGAGACCCACGGAUCUCUCGUACCAGCAGACGGGCUGCUCGGCAGGAGGGAGGCGGGGCUCGGCUGACGUGGCGGUCCGGCACGUCCGGCCCAGCGGUGCUUCCUCCUCGAGCCCCUCCCCCCUUUCCAUUUUGUACUCCAGCCAAACGUCGAUGUCUUCAUGUCUCUCGUUCUCGUCUUUGUUGCAGUAUUGAGUCCAGUUGUCACGGUUACGGGUGCUACAGUGGCGGUCCUCGGUCUUUUCCUACUGAGGGCUUUGCAAAGACCAACACUCCAUUCCUGUGCCUUUUCUAUGUGUGUGUUCAGGAUAUGGGAGUCUCGUGUGUGUGUGUGUGUGUGUGGUGAGGAUGGGUGUAUGAAUGAAUGAGUGUGUGUGUGCGUGCGCAGCGGCCACAGACUACAAUCAGGAACAUGAUGCACCGUGCUCACUGUUACAUUCCUUCUCUUCUUGUGUGAGCGUCCAGGACGCUCGCCUCGGUCUGGGUUCCCAGGGUUCCCUGGGUUCCCUGGUCGGGUUCCGGCGCUCAGAGCGUCGGGAGCCACUUCGCUCACCUCUUUCCUCUGUCCUCAUUUCUGUCUUUGAAGUUUCUCUGGGUAACAUUUUGCUUUUUCAUUGAAAUGGUUAAAUAAAGAUUUGUGUAAAACUCA